CUCACACACUCUCUCUCUCUCUCACUCGCUCCUUGCGCAUCGCCAGAGCCCUUUCAAAAAGUGCUCGUUCUCUAACUCCAGAGGCAAAAGUUACCAUGUACGUGCACGCUUGGAUACGCGCGACCCUUGGAUUUGUGGGUCUCUGCCUGGUCGCCUUUGUCCAGCAGUCCGCUUCAGGAAGUAAAAGCACUCAAGAUGUGGACGAGUGUGCAGAGGCGCUUGACAACUGCAGCAUCGAUGCCAUCUGCCAGAACACCCUGAAGUCAUACAAAUGUAUCUGCAAGUCGGGCUAUAAAGGGGACGGCAAACAUUGUGAAGAUGUGGACGAGUGUGCGACUGAAUACAACGGCGGCUGCGUCCACGAGUGCAUCAACAUCCCUGGGAAUUACAGGUGCACAUGCUAUGAUGGCUUUCGCUUGGCACAUGACGGGCACAAUUGUCUCGAUGUGGAUGAGUGCUCGGAAGGCAACGGCGGAUGCCAGCAGAUUUGUGUCAACAUGAUGGGCAGCUACGAGUGCCGCUGCAGAGAAGGAUUCCUCCUCAGCGACAACCAGCACACCUGCAUCCAGAGGCCUAAAGCGCAACCAGAAGGCAACAAGGACGGACCCACCUGUAUGGACAAGAACCACGGCUGUGCACACAUCUGCAGGGAAACACAGAAGGGGGGCAUCUCCUGCGAGUGCCGACCUGGGUUCCAGCUCACCCGUAACAUGAAGGACUGCAAAUUGACGUGUAACUACGGCAACGGGGGCUGCCAGCACAUCUGCGAGGAGACGGACCACGGCCCCAAGUGCUCGUGCCACAUGAAGUUCGUCCUGCACAGCGAUGGAAAGACUUGUGUAGGAGAGAGGAGUGUCCAGUCCCAGUCGGCCCCACAGCUGUUCCCCAAUGAGACCUGUGCAGUGAACAAUGGCGGCUGCGACAGCACGUGUCACGACUCGGUGACGGGGGUCCGCUGCAGCUGUCCCGUGGGCUUCACCCUGCAGCCGGACCGCAAGACCUGCAAAGACAUCGACGAGUGCCGCCUGAACAACGGCGGCUGCGAUCACGUGUGUCGAAACACCGUCGGCAGCUUUGAGUGCAGCUGCAAGAAAGGAUACAAGCUUCUGACCAAUGAGAGAACCUGUCAAGACAUCGACGAGUGCUCCUUCGACCGCGCCUGCGACCACUUCUGUGUGAACUCUGCCGGCAGCUUCCAGUGCCUCUGUCACAAAGGCUACGUCCUGUACGGCUUGGCACAUUGUGGAGAUAUCGAUGAAUGCAGUAUAAAUCGUGGGGGGUGUAAAUAUGGCUGCAUCAACUCUCUGGGGAGCUACGAGUGUACCUGUCCACCAGGGUACAAGCUGCACUGGAACAGGAAGGACUGCGUGGAACUCCUGAAGUGUUUUGCUGGACUGGUGGCACCCAAAGCAACACUGACCUGUAGCAAGACGGGCAAGAAAGAGAGCUGCUCCCUCAGCUGUGCCUCUAAAGCUCACUAUCUGGCAGAGUCUGACAACAGCUACUCAGUCAGUUGUGGUAUCCCCAUCUUCAGAGGAAAGUCUCCCUCCAGGUUCAACUCCAGCAGUCAUAGCUGCAUAGAGACUCUGGCUCCUCCAGUGAAGCAGACGGCUUCUUUCAAGAUCAAAAACGCCAAAUGUCACCUGCACCCCAAACUGACCGGGAGGACGGAGGAUAGGGGGCGGACACUAGGACCAGGAGGGGGGCAGCCCUGCAGCAGCUGCCUUGUAACGUUUGUCAACCUCAAGUGUGACUCCUCAAAGAAAACCAAGGGACGAAGAGCUCGUAACCCGUCCAACAAAGAGGUAACUCGCAUCACUCUGGAGCUGGAGGCCGAGGUCAAACCUGGAGACACCACAGGCAGUUGUAAUCUCAGCUGCCUGAGACAGCGCAUGGAGAAGCAGGUGAAGACGUACAUCAAGGCUCUGAAGAAGUCCAUCAACCAGGAGCGCUUCCUGAUCCGGGUCGCGGGUUUGGAAUACGAGGUCGCCCAGAAACUUCCCCAGGCGGCUCCCAGUCAAGAGAACUGUAACCCGGGCUCGGAGCGGGACAGCGGCCGAUGUGUCAGAUGUUUGUCGGGGUCGUAUUACCACGGCGAGCAGGAGCGCUGCGUCCAGUGUCCACCGGGCACUUUCCAGGAGAGGGAGGGGCAGCUGGGCUGUGACCUCUGCCCCGGCAGCGACGGCCACGGGCCUGUGGGGGCACGGAACAUCUCCUCCUGUGCAGGCCAGUGUCCGACCGGCUCCUUCUCCAGCGACGGCUUCAAGCCCUGUCAGCCGUGCCCUCACGGAACCUACCAGCCCGAUCUGGGACGGACGCUGUGCUUCCCCUGUGGCGGAGGACUGGGCACCAAGCGGGAAGGGGCCAGCUCCUUCCACGACUGUGAGGUCAAAGUUCAGUGUUCUCCCGGUCAUUACUACAACACCACAGUGCACCGGUGCAUCCGCUGCCCGGUGGGAACCUAUCAGACCGAGUUCAGACAGAACUACUGCAUCACCUGCCCAGGAAACACCACCACGGACUUUGAUGGAGCCACGAGCGUAUCCCAGUGCAAGAACAGGCAAUGCGGUGGAGAGAUGGGCGAGUUCAUGGGUUACAUUGAGUCACCGAACUACCCCGGUAAUUACCCCGCCAACGUGGAAUGUAUCUGGAACAUCAACCCGCCCAGCAAACGCAAGAUCCUCAUCGUGGUGCCGGAGAUUUUCCUGCCCUCCGAGGACGAGUGUGGAGAUGUGUUGGUGAUGAGGAAGAACUGGUCAGCCACGUCCAUCACCACCUACGAGACGUGUCAGACGUACGAGCGGCCGAUCGCCUUCACAGCUCGCUCCAGACGUCUGUGGAUUAACUUCAAGUCCAACGAGGCCAACAGCGCCCGGGGCUUCCAGAUCCCCUACGUCACCUAUGAUGAGGACUAUGAACAGCUUGUGGAGGACAUAGUGAGGGACGGACGACUCUACUCUUCAGAAAACCACCAAGAAAUCCUCAAGGAUAAAAAACUGAUUAAGACUCUGUUCGACGUGCUGGCUCACCCCAACAACUACUUCAAGUACACGACUCGGGAAUCCAACGAGAUGCUCCCCCGCUCCUUCAUCCGUCUCAUCAGCAGCAAAGUCUCCGCUUUCCUGCGACCUUACAAGUAA